AUGUACGUGAUAGAGGCCAAGGAAGCAACUAAGAAUGCAGAUUUGGAAGAAGCACUUAAACUUUCCAAUUUGGCAAAGGACAUUUUUCCCAAUGAAAAGGUGAUGAGCAGAAUCCAAAAACUACAGGGAGCCUUCAAGUAGUUGUCAGAGCAAGGAGAUGAUGAAUUUACAGAAGUACGCUACUCUGGCUUGCUGCUUUAUCCAGAGCUGUACAACCAACUCUUUGAGUCUUAUACUCUGUAUAAGGACAGAAAGAAAGGAAGUAUUCUGGCAGAUGAUAUGGGGUUAGGGAAAACAGUUCAAAUCAUUGCCUUCCUUUCUGUUAUGCUUGAUGCUUCCCUUGUGGAGCACUUGCUAGUGAUCAUGCCAACCAUUCUCAUUAGCACAUGGGUCAGAGAAUUUACCAAUUGGACCUCAGGAAUGAGAGUCAAAACCUUUCACAGCCUUAGCAAGGAUAAAAUACCCAAAGCCUCAGACAGAUUCAGCAAAGAAUGGGACCUAACAAUUACUACAUACCCAAUGGUGAUCAACAACUGGUAGCAACUUUCAAGCUUUCAUGACCAAGAGUUUGUGUGGUACUACGUCAUACUUGAUGAAGCCCAUAGAAUUAAAAGUUCAUCUACUAAAUCAGCAAUCAGCGCUCAAGCUGUGCCUGCAAGGAAUCGCCUCCUCCGCACAGGAACCCCAAUCCAGAAUAAUUUGCAAGAGCUUUGGUCCCCGUUUGAUUUUGCUUGCCAAGGGUCCUUGCUAGUGUUAGGAACAUUAAAAACUUUUAAAAUGGAGUAUGAAAAACCUAUUAGUAGACAGAAGGAUGCUACCCCAGGAGAAAGUGCCUUGGGAUUUAGGAUAUCUGAAAAUUUAAUGGCAAUCAUAAAACCCUAUUUUCUCAGGAGGACCAAAGAAGUACAGAAGAAAAGGUCAAGUAACCCAGAGGUCAGAGAUAGUGAAAAGAAUGCAGGUGUCAAUACCAUUUGUGAAAUGCCUUCCCUUUCCAGGAAAAAUGAUUUAAUAAUUUGGAUAUGUCUUGUACCUUUACAAGAAGAGAUUUAUAGGAAAUUCACAUCUUUAGAUCACAUCAAGGAGCUGUUAAUGGAGAUACGUUCACCUUUGGAUGAGCUAGGUGUCUUAAAGAAGCUAUGUGAACAUCCCCAGCUGCUGUCUGUGUGGGUUUGUCAUUUGCUGAAUCUAGGAACUGUCAAAUUUGAAGAUGGAAACGAGGAGGAGGAUUCCUCAGAUGUGGACAACACUGAUCACAUGACUGAUGAUGCACUGCAGGAAGAAUCUGGAAAAAUGAUACUUUUUUUUUUUUUUUUAGAGACUUUGAAUGAGGGGCAUCAAACUCUGGUGUUUUCCCAUUCGAGACAAAUUCUAAACAUCAUUGAAUGCCUCUUAAAGAAUAAGCAUGUUAAGACACUGCAAAUUGAUGGCACAGUUACUCAACUUUGGGAGCGAGAAAAAAGAGUUCAGCUAUUCCAGUGAAAUGAAGAGAACUCUGUUUUUCUUCUUACCACACUCAGUGGUGUUGGCCUAACACUAACUGCAGCAAUUACAGUGGUCAUUUUUGACCCUAGCUGGAACCCCGCAACUGACGUUCAAGCUGUGGAUAGAGUUUACAGAAUUGGACAAGAAGAGAAUGUUGUAGUUUAUAGGUUAAUCACGUGUGGGACUGUGGAGGAAAAGAUGUACAGAAAACAGGUUUUCAAGGAUUCACUAAUCAGACAAACUAGUGCUAAGAAGAAUUUCAGUAAACAAGAAUUAAGACAGCUUUUUACAAUUGAGGCACUCUGUAACUCGGCUGCAGCAUGCUGCUCAGGGGCAUCUGAUAAGAAACUGGCUGAACAUAGCCUGCACUCUCUGGUGAUAGCUGGACUCUUAGACCACGAUGUGAUGUACAUGUGUGAUCUGUCUGUUAAAGAAGAGUUUGAUGUGACAGAAUCUUGAUAUUCAACACACGUUCAGAAAGCUCAGUUCCUUGUUGAAUUUGAGUCUCAAAAUAUGAUGGAAAAACAAAGAACUGGAAAUGAGGGGGCCUGGCUAAGAGCACCUGUAUUUCCUUCUCAAACAAAGAAGAAAUACCCCAAAUUGAACAAACCACAGCCUUGCUUUUCGCCUCUUACUACCCAGGAGGAAGAUAUCCGUUCUCAGAUGGAAAAUGUGAGCAUUUAUGAUCACGCCAAAGAGACUGAGACAUAAGAUCUCUACAGUAUAAUGAUGAAUGGUCCCAUGCUGCAAGACGGCAGGCACCCACAGGAAAAUAAAUUCGAUGCGACUCUGGUUACUUUACCCAAGGGUGUUGGAGGUGUUUAAGGAAUCUGGACCAAGUCUUUACUGGGAAUAGUAAGAAGCUUUGUAGCUGAAAAUAAGGCUGUGCAAAAAGGGCCAUUACAAGGGGGGCCUAUGCAAGAGGCGCUGCGAGAGAACCACCUGGGAAGUUUUAAUUAUUUACUUAGUCAAUCAAUCAGAAUUGAUCUUGGGCCAAAUUUAGAUCUACAGGAUUGUGAGAUUUUUUAUCACUGCAGUCCCUGGCUUAUUAAUUCCACAACAAAUGAAAAUAAAAAUACAGAAUUGAAUGUAUCCAUUAUUAAAAUACCUAAUGACUUUUCAGCAUCCCAUAGUACACUGCAUGGUGCCCAAGGAAAUGAGGCCAAGUUGGAGGAAGAACCUUUAGCCUCCUCACUACAGUGUGGAUAUGAUUUCAGUCUUUUCCUGGAAGACUCUGCAUAAAAUAGACAAAAUCUCUCCCAUAAGUCUUCUGAGCAUGUGGGAAACAGCUUGUGUGGCUCUGCAACUAAUUCCAGAGCAGAGUCACUACAUCAUCCUAGUUUGGAUUCUUCUAAGAAAGAUGAACCAGAGGAAGUAGGAGUUAAUGUUAAAACCAGAAGGAAAGCUAGAAGGAUCCUUUCAGAUGACAAAGAUGAAGAUGAUUCUUUUAAAUGUACUUCAAACACAAGGCCAUUCAGCAAAUCUCCCUUUCAGUUCUCAUCUGUGAGACAAUUUGAUGUUUCACUUCCCCAAAAUGACAAAAGUCCACGCAGGUUCUUUUCACCUGAAAUUCCUGACAAUGUAAAUAAGUCUCCAAACUCCAGGAGAUCUCUGGUUUCCAGGAGGUCUCUCAUUAAUGGGGAUUUAGACCAUGUGGAGAAGAUGGACUCAGAUUCCUCCAUCUAA